GUUUUCGGGUGACAAGAUGCGGUGAAGAUUGGAUGAGAUGGAGGUUGAAGAGGACUUGGAGGAGAAGGUUGACCUGCGCGCCAUGUUGGAGUUGCAGAUGUCAGAGGUUGAGAUGCUCACGAGCAUGUUCCCCAACCCAGGAGAAUUCCAGCUAGACGAUGACACCGUCCUUAGCGACAUACAGAGUUUUGUCGACGGGAAAAUCAAAUAUGAAUAUUUACAGUGCCGUAUUGGAUUUGUAGUUAAGAUUGACGCAGAUGGUUCUAAGACAGGCGUAGAGAUGGUAUGCAGGCUGCCACACGAGUACCCAAGCUUAGCCCCGGAAGUAUUCAUCAGAGCCCCAUUCAUGACUCGAGAACAGCACCGCCAGUUAGGAGAAGACCUCCAGGAGUUCUGCAUGACCAUGGAGCGAGGAGACAUCUGCCUGGGAUCCAUCAUCCAGUGGGUUCAGGAAAACGCGUGCAACUACGUCACCGAGGAAACCUCCGAAACGGGAAACAAGACAGCUGAUGAGAAAAUUGACACCGUCUUCACCAGGCUGUGGAUUUUCAGUCACCACAUCUACAGUAAAUUUAAACGCCGCGAUAUUUUAGCGUUUGCGGCCGAGUUGAAAUUGACAGGCUUCUCCCUGCCAGGGAAACCAGGGAUGAUAUGUGUGGAGGGUUACAGCCAGGCCGUAGAUGAUUACUGGCACAGGUUACGCAGACUUAAUUGGAAAAGGUUGGCGAUUAAGGAAAAGGAAGACUUUGACAUACCUAGCGAUGGGUGUAUUGAUGAUUUUAGGACGUUUAAAACAUUUGAGGAAAUUGCUUUUGAUGUCCGUGGUGGGAAAGGUAGGGAAUAUCAUAUGGACCUAGGACAGCUAUUCUCCUUCCUCGAACAGCGAAAAUUUGGACAUAUAUUUAGUCUGUAUUUUGGAGUGGAAGGUAAUUCCAAACCAGGAGGAUUUGUAAGCUCUUGAUUAUGUUUAUUUCAUAUGCAUUAAAGAGUAUUUUAAACUAUGCACAACUGGGGCUACAGGUGCGUUUGAGUGAGUGAGCGCUUGGGGUUUAACGUCGUACUCAACAAUUUUUCAGUCAUAUUACGACGACAGGUGCGUUUGAAGCUAAAUUCUGAGUAUUGUACAUAAAAUCUGGUUUAUAAGGGGAUCUCUUUCCAUUGCUAUGAUCUGUAAUAUUUCAAACUGAUCUCAAGUUUUUGUUUUUAAAUUAGUGUUUGUUAAAGCCAGAUGAUAAUGCAAUGUCUUUUAAAAUGCUGUCUUAAGAACUUAAUAUAAUAUACAUCAGCAUGCAUUCUUAUGAGCUAUUAAAAUCAGUAAAGUGGCCUACGGAAAGAAAAAAAUUUAGCACUGAAUGUCCAGUCUUUGUGCCACUGCAAUCAGGGCCAACAAAGAGUACUUCAUUUAUCAUUAUGUGGUAAAUAUGUGAUCACUAGUUGUUGAAGAAACAGCUAUCUAUUUGUUUCAGUGUCGUUCAUACAUAUGUAGUCAUAAAUAAAUGAAUUCUUGUAAACAUGCGUUAACUAAAUAUAUAUUUAUUUAGUUUUUCACUUACCUCUGUAACAUUAGACAAAAGAUGUUAAGUGUGUCAAAAUAAUAAAAAUAAGCCAAAUAAAUAAAAUACAUGUACACAUUUAUUUAA